CACCUAAAAUGGAUGUGCGGUGCUUCGCCUCAAUCCUCGAUCACGUGGCGCCGCAGUUCCUGGACGCCUGAUGCAUUUUGUGACUCGAUGUAGCGGAAAAGCAAUGGCUGAGGAGCGGAACCGCGCAUCAACAUAGACUGGGGCAGUGCGGAAAGGGAUACGAACAUUAUAAAAUACACCAUCAUCAACAACAACAACAACAACAAGGAGGACGAGAAGAGACUGUCUGAGCAGCAAGGAGCCUCCUUCGCGCUUUCUCUCUCGCAGUGUUUUUUUUUCCCAAGGAGAGAGGGGGGGAAACAAAGAUCUUGGGAUCCUCACUGUUGUUGUGCACAAAAAAAAAAGGCAGACCGUGGAAAAAAAAAAAAAAAAAGAGGGGGUUGUCAAAGUCCCGACCUGUGCCGCGUUCUUCUCUACAUUGCAAACAAAGAACAGUUGCUUCCAGGUCACACACACACGUUUAUUUAAUUUUUUAAUUUUUAUUUUUCCCGCUGGCAGUUUGGCAAAGACGCCGGUUUUAUGGAAAUACAAGACUCUGCGCACAUUAUGAACCGUGUAAUCUAGACACGCUUUGAAAAAUAUAUAUAGAUCUAUAUAAAAAAAGAGAGUUGUCUAGCCGGCGAUCGAAAAAGGGAGGACGAUUUCUUAUUUUUUGACUGGAUUCACAGAUUUCUCUUGACACUAAAGAAAUAUAUACCUAUUUUGAACGGUUUGGUGUUUGGUUGCCGGACAUUUAAGAAACAAAACACGAAAUUGACAUGAUGUUUCCACAAUCCAGACAUUCAGCUUCCUCUCAGUCGUCGCAGCAGCUGAAGUUUACAACUUCUGACUCCUGUGAUCGAAUCAAGGACGAGUUUCAGUUCCUCCAGGCGCAGUACCACAGUUUGAAAUUGGAAUGCGACAAGCUGGCCAGUGAGAAGUCGGAGAUGCAGCGUCACUAUAUCAUGUACUAUGAAAUGUCCUAUGGCCUGAACAUUGAAAUGCACAAACAGGCUGAAAUCGUGAAGAGGUUAAACGGGAUCUGUGCUCAAGUCCUCCCCUAUCUGUCACAAGAGCACCAGCAGCAGGUCCUGGGUGCAAUCGAACGUGCCAAACAGGUGACCCCCCCAGAGAUGAACUCCAUCAUUCGGCAGCAGCUCCAGGCUCAUCAGCUCUCCCAGCUCCAGGGACUGGCCUUGCCGAUGACCCCCCUGCCCCUGGGCCUCACGCCCCCCUCCCUGCCCGCCGUCACCUCCAGCUCCGGCCUCUUCUCCCUCUCCAGCAUCCUGGCCUCGCAGGCACAGCUGGCUAAGGAGGAGAAGGCAGCGCGAGAGGGGGGAGACAACCACCGGGACGAGGAAGCCGAGAAGUCAGACUAGCACCGAGGGGGCAGGCGCGGGCGGCUUUACUUCUGUUCAUUUCUCUUCUCGUCUGUCUUCUGUCUCAGUGAAUCCUUUCACAGGCUCCCCCUUUUGAACAUGUACAACAAACAAGCACACACAAACACUAGCAAUGGUUGGCAGGCAGGGCAACGAAGGAAUUUUUAUCUAGUUGUUUUUAAAGCUGGGUAACUCUAUGCUGAAUCCCGGGGAGUUUCCUGAAAUCCUUAAACACAAUUAAGUAGGUUUUUGUGUAAAAACUCACAAGCCGAACAGAAACUGAAAAACAAAACUGACGUUGGGUAAACUGCUUGAGUGUCUCUCUCUCUCUGCAUUUGCAUGCUUCCAGAGCUUGCACGCUUUUAACCCCUUUCAGGUGGGGGUGAGGGGUGGGUGGUCGGGGGCAGACAGACAGGGUGGUUACAGCUGUGGCACAGAAGCAGGCGUCACCACCCUGCCUGCCUGCCCCAUUCAACGUCCCUACCAUUAAUAAGACGACCUGCGCUGAUUAUAGCGCCUUUCAUCUUCAAUGACAUAGAAGAAAAACAUUUCAAUAAAUAACGAAACCAGCCCCGCCCCGUCAUGACCACAUUCCCAAACAUCAAGGGUCUCGAUCCAGCAUGUCAAAUACCACUGCCUCUCCAGCGCUCUGUAUCCGUCUCUCCUCCUCUCUCUAUCUCUCCUCCAUUCUGUAUCUGUCUCUCCUCCUCUCUGUAUCUCUCCUCCAUUCUGUAUGUCUCUCCUCUGCUCUGUAUCCGUCUCUACCGCUCUCUCUAGGUACACUCUCCACCUCUAUCUUCUCCACUCUGUAUCUGUCUCUCCACCUCUAUCUCUCCUCCGCUCUGUAUCAGUCUCUCCACCUCUAUCUCUCCUCCUCUCUGUAUCUCUCUCCUCUCUGUAUCUCUCUCCUCCUCUCUGUAUCUCUCUCCACCUCUCUAUCUCUCCACCUCUCUGGAUCUCUCCACCUCUCUGUAUCCGUCUCUCCACCUCUCUGUAUCUCUCCUCCGCUCUAUCCGUCUCUCCCCCUCUCUGUAUCCGUCUCCACCUCUAUCUCUCCUCCUCUCUGUAUCUCUCUCCUCUCUGUAUCUCUCUCCUCCUCUCUGUAUCUCUCUCCACCUCUCUAUCUCUCCACCUCUCUGGAUCUCUCCACCUCUCUGUAUCCGUCUCUCCACCUCUCUGUAUCUCUCCUCCGCUCUAUCCGUCUCUCCCCCUCUCUGUAUCCGUCUCCACCUCUAUCUCUCCUCCUCUCUGUAUCUCUCCACCUCUCUAUCUCUCCACCUCUCUGUAUCCGUCUCCACCUCUCUGUAUCUCUCCUCCUCUCUGUAUCUCUCCUCCGCUCUGUAUCGGUCUCUCCCCCUCUCUGUAUCCGUCUCUCCUCUCCUCUAGCUCCACUCUCCACCUCUCUCUCUAAUCUUUAGCAGAAAUAUAAAAAGCUGAUUGACCUGUUCCUGAUCAGGAUAUUAUUUUUAUUUUUUAUUUUGAGGGGUGCCCCUCCUAGAUGCGACGAGAAAUUGAAAACAAAAAAUAAACACAUACUUGUACAAUGGAAGGCAGCGUGAUUUUAGGUGGGUACCAGUUCUACUUUAAACAGUAAAUACAAAUAGCAUAGUCUACCAUUGUGAAAUAUUCAAACUGGCUUCGACAACAAUAAAGGAAUGGAGCGUCUUAACUUUACAA